AUGGCGUGGUACUCCAUCCUCCCGCCGCAGCUCAUCCAGUUCGAGAGCUGGGCAGUGCGGAUCUUCGUCUUCCUCGGCCUCAUAACCAUCAUCCCGUGGGCCGCACUCAUUGUCUUCGAUGCCAGCCUCUGGCUCUACCGAAUAGUCAUCUGGGAAUUCCCAUGGAUUGGCGGACGCGCACGUGGUCAACAGCGCCCCCGCGCACCGAGCUUGAACGAACGACUGGAUGGACAACGACGAUCUUUCGGACUAGGCACCGUGGAGACCGACGGCGAAGGCGAGGGCGGACGAUCGCGCGGCGGGUCGAUGGAUAGAACCGCAGAGAAGGAGAAUGUGGCCCUUGCUAGAGAUGAGCGAGUGCAUUCCGGCAAUGAAGACGUGAAACGCAGGGCCGGACGAGCUUGA